AUGUAAAGAUGUUCUUAUUGUAUUACGUGAAAGAUUUAUCUCUCUUAGUUGAACAAAACCAAAAGAGGAAGUAAAUUUUAAUAAAAUUCCCAAAAUCUCUAAAAAGGAAAGUAGACUUAAUCAUAUGAGUUUUACACAAGGAAAAAAGGCGAAAAACACAACCAUAUUUUAGGAGAAAAUAACUUCAAGAAUGUUUCAUGAUCCUGAUUAUGUCCGGACUGUAUCACUGAAACUGUCAGAAGUGCUCAAUGAUAUUGGUGUAAAUGAGAGAAUGAUUCUGAAGCGGAGGAGGAUUUUCUUGUUGAGCGAAACCAUGUCAACCAGUUACAACAGCCUGAAGGGUUCGAACAUUUCCAAUUAUCAUUUUGGUAGCAAGUCUGAAGGGUCAACAACAAUCGGCCUUGAGUCAGACAUUGAUAAUCUUAUCUGCGACAAUGAAGUUAAUGUGGUACAUGAACUAAAUGAGUACCAACAUGGCAGGAGGAAUCUACUGAUGAUCCAGGAUGAGACCACAUCACCUGGCUACUGUCUACUGCAAGAUUUGCAUGGAGGUUACAGUAAUCAUCAUACAGUGUACAGGGGAAAACUGCUGUUGAAAAACACAUUGUAUACAGAUCUUAGUAAAGAUAUAGCUGGAUCUGUAAUAGAUGGUCCUGCUAUAUCAUCACAAGGAAUUGAAGGAUGUUGUGAUCAAGAUGAUGUUUUAGCAUUUCCCUGUAAAUCAUGGCCUAGAGAAGCUUGGCCUUGGUUAGAAAGACAAGGUAUUGGAAAAUGGCCUACAGAAGAUAUGAAGAGAUACUGUGAGACUACAGGAUAUUUUGUUGUACCAUGUAGCAGUAAAAAUGGUCAGAACCCUGAGCAACUUGAAUGGAGGAUAUCCACUUCGCAAGCUGAGAGAUGUCUGAUGUUUAGUUUAAACAUCACACAGAUUCGAUGUUACAUCUUGAUGAAGAUGAUUCUAAAAGCAUUUAUAAAUCCUCAGUGUGACAGUGUCCUAUCAAGUUUCAUGUGUAAGACUGCUUUGUUUCAUUGUAUACAGAAUACAUACUCAAAUAACUGGAGGCAAUCCAAUUUACUUGCAUGUUUAACAUGCUGCCUUGUAGUAUUGCAGAAAUUUGUCAGACAGGAAAACUGUCCACAUUUCAUAAUACCUGAAAACAACCUAAUGGCAGGGAGAUUUUCUCCUCACAAUAAACAUAAAUGUCUUGAAGUACUACAAAAUAUCAUACAAAGUGCAGGUCUCAAACUGCUGGAGAUACCCAUUGAUGACCUUGGCACAAGACUUCAUAUGAAGAUGAUCAUGGAUGAGCCUUUACAGUAUAGCCAUACUCCUGAAGAAAUGAAUGCCGCCAUUUCUGCCCAGCUAUUAAAUGUAUUUACAGAGGGAAUAAGUAUCGAUCACAAGUUCCUUUUAGGAAAAAUAACGCCUGAUCAAAAUGAGCAAGUGCAUGAAAGGUUAUCAAACAUUAUGUUCGCAUACACUACAACAUACAGAGAAAUGGGUUUCAACAGUUUGGAAAAAAUUGCAUUUAAGCUUCAUAUACCACUACUUUCUUCAUCACUAGGAUCUGUGAUAGCAUCUCGCGAUAUUUACACUACAAACAGUAUAUCCCAAGAAGCCUUGGCUUGGUUUACAGUUGGUUUGGACUCAGAUGUGUCAUCUGGUAGAUUAAAACUUGCAUCUGCAUUAUAUUGUGCAAGAGAUAUGGAAAUGGCAGAGUUUGUACUGAGAAAUACUGAAGAAAAGUAUGAUCUGAAUACGGUUGAACCUAUGUGUAACUGUUAUUUUUAUGUCACGAAACAUCUAAGGCGAGGAUUCGUGAAUAAAUGUAACAGCGGAAAUGAAGAACUAAUAAAACAUAUCACAUCAUUCUGCAUUAGAUUUCUGCAGUGUGAAAUUUGCUGUGUUCCAGCAGAGCUACAAUAUGAAAUGUUUAGAUCCACACAAGAGGACAUGUCUGAAAGGAAUGAAAGACAGAAUGAAAGAAAUGACUUUUGGAUGAACUGGGCUGUGGUGGAUUCGCUCCCUUAUCUCUACUUCCUACAGUACAAGACAUAUGGAGCUCUUCAAAGAUAUAGAGACCAACAGCAUGCACUUGCAAAGCUGGUCAUAGCCACUGAAUCAGAGUCAAACCUGCGUCACAGGGAAACAGCCCUGAACUUACUAGGCCAGUGUAUGGAACAGGAAAACCGGCAUAUGGAUGCUCUAGCAUGCUACAUGAAAUCUUUGGAUAUUCGAGAAAGAAACAAUGCCGCAAAUGUUCAUGUAUGUAGACUUCUAAAUGAAUUAGUAAACAUGCAAUAAACUGUGCUGAACUGAACUGAAAACUACAUAAAACAUUAGAACCUACAUUAAGGUGUCAUGCACAGCUAUAACGUGCUCUGUGAAAAUUCAUACAUACAAGAUACAUUAUACAGAAUAUGUUUGCAUCUUAAUGUUUAAGUCAGUAAAUAGAUGUUGAAGAAAUAACACAGAAAAUGCUCUUAUACAUAGACUUCUUAACAUGCAGGAAACUAUGCUGAAGUGAAAACAACACUGAAUAAAACAUGAGCACUUAAAUAAAGAUGAUGUGUAUUGCUAUAAUUAUGCUCUAUGAAUAUUAGAAUGUCAAACAUGUACAUAUAGGCAACUUAACCUUUACCCUGCUAAUUUUUUAUAAUGAACUUGCCCAGCUUUCAAUUUCAAUAGAACCAUUAACUUUUAAAAGGGUGUUUACCAAAACAAUACUGACUGAAUGGCAAACAGUGCAGAUCUUGAUCAGACUGCAUGAUCUGCAUUGGUUGCAAAAGCAGAAUCAAUCAGGUCCAGCAUGAUAAGGUUUAAUGCUUCUGUCCAUGAAUAAAUCAUUAAAAGAAGUUGCAUGAGUUGGUGUAUUAAGUAUAAUUUAAUAGAAAAAUACAUAUCUGCCCUAAAAUCAAACUGUUUUUGUUGCAGAACUUUCACUAGACCUGUCAGCCUUUUGGUAGAACAGCUCCUUCCUAUAUGAAACAAGUGAAUGAAGUAUUGCCAUGCAAUACAAAGUCCCCUACUGGAAGGCACCUAAUUUUCUCUACUGCAGUAUAGCAUAACAAGUCAAAUGGUUUAUCGCGGCCAGAAAUUUGUACAAACCGGACAGAAGUUGCGAAAUUGUCAUUUGUGCAGGAAAGAAGCGUUUACCAUAAUGUUCAGUACUGGACAGGUAUAGUGACCAUGCACGGACACAGCCAAUUUUCUCAGAGGGGGUCCGAUCCCCUGCCCCCACCCUGGAAAUUUUGAAAUUUAGCACUUCAUUUUUUGCAUUCUGGGACAGUUUGACGGACUAACCUGUUAAAUUUGGGAAAAUGAUAAAAUCAAGCUUUCUUGAAGGUAAAAUUCUUGGUUUCUUUUAGAUAAAUAAUAUGAAUUAUGUCGGGGUCGUAUGUAGCAGCAGCCGCAUAUACUUUACAUGCAGUCCUAAUGUUGCCUUUUUCGAAAAACAUUUUCUUUCCUUCUUGUCUUCUUUCCUUUUUUAAAGAUUUUCCAGAGGGGGUCCGGACCCCCGGUCCCCCCCCCCCCCCCACCCCCUUCUGGAUCCGCGCAUGGUGACAUAUCAUGCUUUCUGUUUAUGCAGGUAAACUUGUGUUUGGUUAAAUUUCAACAGAGCACAAUUGUCUGAACAGUGUACAAACUCAUUACUGUUUUUUUUUCAGGCAAA